AUGGGCUCCUCCAACUACAACCACCUCGAAGAUGAGGUGACCUUCGGCGCUACUGUCGACACUCCCACAAAGACCCAAAACCACCUCGCUCCCAAUGUGUUCGACACUCCCAAGUCGCUCAGCCCGGUCGUCACUGUCGACGCACCGUCGGAUGAACCUUUGACUCCUUUCUACGCCACACCUUCUGCCGACAUCUCUCGCCAAACACUCCCUGCCGACCGUGUCAGCGAGACCGACCUCGAGUCUGCCCGCAAGGAGGGCUACUUCAUCACAUCCAACCCCGUCGGAUCAGACCUCAACCUCCCAUCAGAAAUGGCUCCCGUCUCCGCCGUUCCUACUGGAUCCAGAUUGAGCUUUGAUGGUCGCACCAAGGAAUGCACAAUGUGGCCUACAAAGCAGACUCUCCGCAACCAAGACAGAGCUGAGCGUGCUAAGCGCAGAGCAGCAAGAGCCUGCGGCUGCAGCAGUAUCCACGCUUGGUGGGUCGGCACAGACAAGAGACAAAGACUGUGGUUCAAGUUCAUCGUCGCUGCCUUCAUCGUCGCCAUCGCCUGCGGUCUUGGCAUCGGUAUCAGCAAAGCUGUCGGUGCCGGUGUCUUUGCUGGCAAGGGUCAGACCAAGCCCAUUGCCAACGCAUAA